AUGUCUAAAAUCUUAAUCGUACUUUUGGCCUGCUUAGCUUGCACUUUAGCUGUCGAUGGUAACAAAGGAGCUUGCUAAACUGGUAAAUACACUGAUGUUAAUGUUGAUUGGAAUAGAUACUUAGGAAGAUGGUACAACGUCGCUGUUAGCAAAUCUUUCAGAUACUCAGAUAUUACUGAUAAGUGUACUCUUGCUAAUUACUCAUUGAAUGAUGAUGGCACAAUUAAGGUUGAUAACUAAGCUAUUAAGAGUAACGGAAAUCUUAACAAGGCUUUAGGAACUGCUACAAUCGUAGCUCCCGGUCACCUUAAGGUAAAGUUCUCUGUUUUCUAACCUGUUGGCGGAAAUUACGAAAUCGUUUAUAUUGACGAUGACUACUCUAUCGUUACUGUUGUUGGCUGCAAUGGACUUGGAUUCCUUGGAUACAGCGAUGUCUGGGUUCUUGCUAGAGACUACAAGGUUUCUCAAGAAAAGAUCAACUUUGCCUUAUAAGCAGCUCAAAACUUAGGUUUUGAUAUUUCUGAUGUCAACUUGGCUGGUAUCUCUGCUUGUGAUAGUUUCUGA